UCGAUCCCUUAAAUAUUGAUUUUAGAAAAAUGGGCAGCUCUUUGACUACUCCCCAACAGAAAUUUUUAAAAGACUUAAAAUUUCUCCUCUCCUCCAACAAAUUGGAAGUUCCUGAGGGUGAUUUGAUACAGCUCAUUCUGGCAAUUGAUGAGCAUUGUCCCUGGUUUCCUGCAGAUGGGACUUGGGAAUUAAAACAUUGGGAUAAGAUUGGAACACAUUUUCAUGGGCAUCCCAGCAUUGGUGUUCGGAUUUUAAAUGCAUGGUGCAAGGUUCGAUAUGCUAUGGGUUGUUUAUCACCAAAAAAUAUCUCCAUGGCUGCAUUGCCAGUACAACCUUCAGCUUCUUUAAUUCAGCCUGCUGUCCUGCCAUGUGUUCCAGCCCUUGCUUUGCCUGCAGCCCCAGACCCCAAACCUCCGGACUACAGUUCCUCACCAGAGGACCCAAUCCUGCAAAAAUACCGUGGUCUGGCUGGAAAUGACCCUGCUCUUUCAGCAGCAGCAGCAGAACCAGCUACCCCUUUUCAACGUGCAGUCCUUGCCUGUUCCUUAUCUCAGGAUACUAUGGCAUUCCCUGUUAUUGUGCCCCCUGCUGGUGCUCCAGCAGGAACUCAAGCACAGCACCAACCUUUUGACUUUAAAAUCUUGAAAGAGCUCCAAUUGUCAGUUAGGACAAAUGGACUGCAAGCUCCUUUUACACAAGCUCUUUUGGAAACCACAUUAGCCCAGCUUUUGGUUCCAGAUGACAUCAAGCUUUUGGCACGUACAGUUUUACCCCCAUCAGCUGGUGUAUUAUUUGCUCACGAAUGGGAAACUGCCUGCCGUGGUUAUGCUCCAGCCUUGUUACAACAAAUCAGAGGAAAUAAUCCAAAUAUUACCCUCGCAGAUGUCAUAGAUGCCAUGAUGGGGCGUGGCCCCUUUGCUCAGCCUUCAGUACAAGCCACACUGCUGCGGAUCUUAUUGAGGGAUACUGCUCUUGCUGCUCAACAAGCAAUGAGAAAAAUCCCGGAACCCACCAGUAUUCAGUCUAGGUGGGGUUCAAUCAGACAAGAACAGUGGCCUCCACCAAAAGAAAAAUCCGCAGCAAUGGCACCAUCUCGUUUUUGAACAGCUUAUUUCUGAACAAUUGACUUUCGGCCACAUUGAACCAUCUUCAUCCCACUGGAUCCAGCAGACAGGAACGCUUGCUUUUACAUUGCCAGUAUAUAACAAUUUGCAAUCCA